CCUCGACAGUCACCUUUCGAAGCCUCCAAAAUCGUCACACAUCGAGAUAGCAAUUGAUAUUUACUCUUUUAAACUAAUUAAACACCUUAAAUCUUCUCCUAUAUAAUUCAUACAUACAACAAAUAGGUAUUAAUAAUCAAAUUAUCACUCAGAGAAUAAUAAAAGAUGAGAAACAAAUUGUCAAAUAUACAUACAACACGUAACUAUUACCAGCAGAUCAUGUAUUCAAGCGUCAUUGCUGUCGGCAUUGUUACCAACUGAAACUGUGCCGACAUUGAAUUUGGAAAAAGUCGUUAUUUAUUUGGUGUUUAUCUUCUAAGUCUGAAUGUCAACAUGGAUUCAAUACGGAAGAAUACUUUAAAUUUCACAAAUGAUGGUGAAUUCACUACCAGUUAUUUACAUUUAAAGGAAAAUCAACUACUUCAAACACAAGAUCUUGCUCCUGAUGAAAUGUCUCGUAGAUUAAAUUUAUUAUUAGAAGCUAUUAAUGAAACUGCAGCUGAGAAUGAAAUUCUCAACAAAAACCUCUCAAAAUUCUUGGCUUCUUUGGAUUUGGAACCUCAACAACUAUCUAAAGAAAUAACUCAAGGUUUAGACAAAAUUCAAGCUAUUAUUCAGAAGGAAAAUCUAUCAGAGAUAGAUGAAACUUCAAUGUUAAUAAAUUUACAUCAAAAAAAAAUAGACGAGCUGAAAAAAAUUCGAGAAGAAAGACAAUUGAAGAAAAAAUAUGAAGAUCUUUAUAAUGAAUACUCUCUUCUUCAAGAGAAAUUGAAUACUCUUCAAGGCAAAGUAAAUAAUUUAACAGAAAUAAUAGUUUCUUCGAAAGAAGGUAAUGAAAGUGAAAGCUCAAAUAUAAUUCACAAGACAACGAAAUUAAAUGAUUACAAAUGCGUCUAUAAAAGUUUGGAGGAUGAAUUAGCAAAUUUAAAAGUGACCGAAGAUUAUGCUCAAAAUAUUCUUGGUAAGUAUAAGCAGUACAUGCAAACUUCCGGAGAAUUAGCUGAUAUUAAUGAAUCAUUGAGUCAAUAUGGGGACUUACCAGCUGAUAUUUUGCAAGCAAAAGCUGUUGUUGAACAACUCGAAAAACGUCGACAAGAAGUCAAGCGCUUACUUGAUGAAAAAAUGAAUUAAAUUUUGUUAUUACUAUUAAUUUCAAUUCUUCAGUAUUAUUUUAUAUUUUUCCAUGCUUCUCAGUUUAGACAUACUUUUUUUACGAAUACAUUUUUAAUAAUUAUCAAUAUAAUACUCUAGACC